CUUGAAUUUCUGGUAGUCCACUGUUGAUGUACUGCUCCAAGCACUUUUGAACUUCAGCAAAAUUUUACUUGUGUGUGAUACUAAUGAUAUUGUUCAAUAAUUUCCACAUUUGGUUGGAUCACCAGCAUGUAUGUGGUGUACGUGCUGUUAAAAAAGGAAAUAAGAGGAUAUAUAUGAGUAUUAAAAAAAUGAAAUCUGUUGCCGUCAAGUUGAUUCCAACUCAUUAGUGACCCUAUAGUACAGGGUAGAACUGCCCCAUAGGGUUAUCAAGAAGUACCUGGUAGAUUCGAACUGCGGACCUUUUGGUUAGUAGCCAUAGCUCUUAACCACUAUACCACCAGAGUUUCCUAUAUAAGUGUACUCACCUGUUUAUCAAAAAGUUGUUUUCCUGGAAAAAAUAAUAUCAAAGCAUUGUUACGUGAGAUUGUUACUGCGUGGUCUUCAUGGGAUUGUGCAUUCUGUUCACGUCAUGAAAUCACGAUGCUUAUCACUCCUUCCAAAUGGCAGUGAAGUUUGUGAUGUCCUUCAUAAUGCCAAAUGAUGUUUCUAAUUGCUUAUAUUUGUUUUGUUUCUUUGACCAUUUCCUGAAGGCACCACAUUUUGGCAUUUUACCUAUUAUCCAGCUUGAUACUCUGUCUUCACACUUGUGACACCUUCAGCAUUUUGACUUGCAUACUUUUUGUGAGAUAUGAGAGGACAAAAGUAAUGAUAAAGUUUGCUAAGUGGAUCUGUCUACAUGGUAGAAGAGAUUAGCAGAUUGAGUGUUUGUUAAACUGAGGAAAGCAGAGAAUGCUAUCUUAGUGCUUUGUGACUUUACAGUAGGACUCAGUCUUGAAUGAACCGGCCUGUGCAGGAACUGCAUUUUCAAGUACCAAGGCAACACCAACUAAGCUUUGUGUUAUUCUUGGAAAAUUUCGCACCACUUGUGAAUUCCUUGAACCUGGGCAUUGCAAACCCACUUCUGUUGGGCCCAUCUCCUUUGCACUUUGCUCAGAUUAAGACUCAGUUGGCGCUUCAGCAGCUGAAUGCCGUUGCCUCACAUGGUUCAGCACCACCUUAUACUUUAUUAAAUCAGGCUUUCUUGAAAAUAGCCAUGUCGAGACCCAGGUUUAAUCCUCGAGGAAACUUUCCACUUCAGAGGCCGCGAGCACCUAACCCUUCUGGGAUGAGGCCUCCAGGACCAUUUAUGAGACCUGGAUCUAUGGGUCUUCCAAGAUAUUACUCAGCAGGAAGAGCUCGUGGAAUUCCACACAGAUUUGCUGGUCAUGAAUCUUAUCAGAACGUGGGACCACAGAGAAUGAAUGUUCAGGUAACCCAACACCGAACUGAUCCAAGAUUGACCAAAGAAAAAUUGGAUUUUCAUGAAGCACAACAAAAGAAGGGGAAGCCUCAUGGUAGCCGGUGGGAUGAUGAGUCUCAUAUAUCUGCAUCAGUAGGAGUGAAACAGAGUUCUAUAGCACAGGCUACAGAGCAGAGUCCUAAAGUGCAGAGUCGCUAUACAAAAGAGAGUGCCUCAAGUAUCUUAGCAAGUUUUGGAUUAUCUAAUGAAGACUUAGAAGAACUCAGUCGCUAUCCUGAUGAACAGCUAACUCCUGAAAAUAUGCCAUUAAUUUUGAGGGAUAUAAGAAUGCGGAAAAUGGGGCGCCGAUUACCUAAUUUACCUUCUCAGAGUAGAAGUAAAGAAACACUUGGUAGUGAGGCAGUUUCAAGUAAUGUGAUUGAUUAUGGGCAUGCGAGCAAAUAUGGCUACACAGAAGAUCCACUUGAAGUACGUAUUUAUGACCCUGAAAUUCCAACUGAUGAGGUCGAGAAUGAAUUUCGGUCACAGCAGAACAUUUCUGCAUCUGUUCCUGCUUCAAAUGUGAUAUGUAAUUCUAUGUUUCCUGUUGAAGAUGUAUUCAGACAGAUGGACUUCCCCAGUGAGUCCUCCAAUAAUCAGUCUUAUUUCCCAGUUGAAAGUGGAACCAAGAUGUCAGGCUUACACAUUUCAGGAGGACAGUCAGUCCUUGAACCCGUGAAAUCCGUGAGCCAACGGAUUAGCCAGACAGUUAGCCAGACAACAAGUCAGUCUCUGAUAACUCCAUCUAUGAACCAGCAACCUUUUUCUUCUGAAUUAAUUUCAACCGUAAGCCAACAAGAGCGAAUCCCUCAUGAACCUGUGAUUAACUCAUCUAAUGUACACGCUGGAUCAGGGGGAAGUAAAAAGAAUUACCAGUCAGAGGAUGAGGCUCCCAUUCAGUCACCCUUUGGGAUUGUGAAAGCAUCAUGGCUACCAAAGUUUUCACAUGCUGAUGCCCAGAAGAUGAAGAGACUUCCAACUCCUUCUAUGAUGAAUGAUUAUUAUGCAGCGUCUCCAAGAAUAUUUCCACAUUUGUGUUCUCUGUGUAACGUAGAAUGUAGUCAUUUGAAGGAUUGGAUUCAGCAUCAAAAUACAUCAACUCAUAUUGAGAGCUGCCGACAGUUACGUCAACAGUAUCCUGAUUGGAAUCCUGAGAUCCUCCCAUCAAGAAGAAAUGAAGGCAGUAGGAAAGAGGAUCAGACUCCAAGAAGACGUUCUCAUUCUCCUACUCCUAGGCGUUCUAGGAGAUCAAGUUCAAGUCACAGGUUCCAUCGAUUUCGAAGCCCAGUACGCUAUAUAUAUAGACCGAGAAGUCGAAGUCCAAGAGUUGGCCAUCGUUUUUUUCCUAGAUACAGAUCCAGAUCCAGAUCACCUAAUCCAGCAUAUCGAAUUAGAGUUCCAUUUAGCCCAGAGUGCUAUCGAUCACUUCGCUCUGAAAGAACAUCAAGGAGAUCAUCAGAUAGGAAAAAAGCCUCAGAAGAUACGGUACAACGAUCUAGACAUGGAUCAGAAUCAAGUAAAAAGAAGCAUUCUGAAGCAGUUGAUAAAGGACACUCACCAGCACAAAAGCCUAAAACUAGCAGUGGAUCAAAACCAUCAGUUAAAUCUACAAGCUCUACGAAGAGUGAUUCAAAUAUUCGUUAUAAGUCGAAGAAUCCUGAAGAUGGUAGCUUACCAGAAUGUAAACAGGUGUCUGAUAAAGCUGUUUCUCUCCAGCGUAAGCUGCGGAAAGACCAGUCUUUGAAUUAUGGUUCAGUUCUUGUUGUAUCUGAAUUACCAGAGGAUAGCUGUACUGAAGAAGAAAUUAGAAAAGUAUUUCAACCAUUUGGAAAAGUUAGUGAUGUACUGAUUGUUCCGUAUAGAAAGGAGGCUUACUUGAAAAUGGAAUUUAAAGAGGCAAUUACUGCAGUUAUGAAGUACGCUGAAACAAUGCCUCUUCUGAUAAAAGGAAAAAGUGUGAAAAUAUGUGUUCCAGGAAAGAAAAAAUCACAGAACAAAGAGGUGAAAAAAAAGACUUCAGAUUCAAAGAAAACAUCUGCAUCUACUUUAAAAAAAGAUACAGAUGCUUCAAAAGCUAUUGAAACUGUGACUCCAACUUCCACUGCCAAAAGUGGACAAACCAAGACAUCAGCCAAAGUGAAUAAAUCUUCAGCAAAAUCUAGUGGAAAGAAGUCUCUAGAAGUCAAAAAGGUUGGCAGUGUCAAAAGUAAAGACUCCAGUAAACCUGUGACUGUACCAGAAAAUUCUGAAAUAAAGACCAGUAUGGAAGCCAAAGCCACUGAAAACAGUAUUAAAGAAACUAUUUCAGACGCUGCUUUGGAGGCCACAGAAAACCAAGAACCAGUUAGCAAGGAAACAGAGGAAAUGUGUGUGAUCCUUGUGUCUAAUUUGCCUAUUAAAGGAUAUUCUGUAGAAGAUGUUUACAACCUAGCAAAACCAUUUGGUGGUUUGAAUGAUAUUUUGAUUUUAUCAUCUCAUAAAAAGGCAUAUAUAGAAAUAAGUAGAAAGUCUGGAGAUUCUAUGGUGAAAUUUUAUACCUGCUUCCCAAUAUCGAUGGAUGGAAAUCAACUCUCAAUAAGUAUGGCUCCUGAAAACGUCAACAUAAAAGAUGAGGAAGCUAUAUUUACAACCUUGAUUAAAGAAAAUGACCCAGAGGCAAAUACAGAUAAAAGUUACAGUCGAUUUGUACAUCUUAAUAACUUACCAGAAGAUGGACUUCAGUGUGUACUUUGCAUCGGACUUCAGUUUGGAAAAGUGGAUCACCAUAUAUUCAUGAAUAAUAAAAACAAGGCAAUUCUUCAAUUAGAUAGUCCUGAAUCUGCUCAGUCAAUGUACAACUUCCUGAAACAAAAUCCACAAAACAUAGGUGACUAUGUAUUGACCUGCACAUUAUCUCCAAAAAUGGACUCAUCAGAGGCUCAAGUUGAGAAAGACUCAGAACAAGGAAAAGAAAGCCCCGACUUGAAAGACAGUCCAGUUGAUGAGAGUGAGGUGCAAACAGCAGCCGAUAGUCCCUCUGUUAAACCUAGUGAGGUUGAAGAAGAAACUACUGCCAGCAUUCAUACAGAACCUUCUGUACAGCAGGAAGAGCCUUGUGAGGAACAACUUGAAAAGCCACUAUGUGAACCUGACUUUGCUCUUGAAACAUUGGAAGUUGAGUCUCAAGGAGAGGAAAUCAAAGUGGAAAUUCCUCUGGUAGUAUCCACUCCAGGCAGUAUUGAAUUAUUCCCUGAAAAUGUAGAGGAAUCUGCUUUAAAUCAGCAGGUAUAUACCGCUGACUUUGAAAAGGAAGAGGCAGAAAUUGUUAACCCUGAAACAGAAUUAUCAGUAUCUGAUAGUGCAUUUAUAGAAGAGAGGAACAUCAAAGGAAUUCUAGAAGAAUCUCCAUCUGAAGCAGAAGACUUCUUUUCUGGAAUUACACAACCUGUGGUAGAAGCUGUAGCUGAAGUGAAUAAACAUGAAACUGUUUCAGAAGUAGUGCCACCUGCCUGUGUUGUUUCCUUAGUACCAGAAAUUUCCAUCGGGGAUGAGAAUGCAAUGAGCAAAAAGGGAAUUUCUGAAAAAAGUAAGAUGGAUGAAAAGGAGGAGAAUGAAUUUAAUACUAAGGAAACUACAGUGGAUCUGCAAAUAGGAACAGAGAAGACUGAAAAGAAUAAAGCUGGGAUGGUGGCAGAGAAAUUGGAAAAGAUUGUGGCAGUAAUGAAAGAAAAGCCUGCAGAGAACACUGUGAGCAAGGCAUACCCAAAUAAAGGAGUGGGUCAGGCCAAUAAACUUGAUGAAACUAGUAAAACUAGUAUGCCAACUACAUCACAUGUAUCUAGCAGUAAAUCAGCCAUCAAGGCUGCCAUAGUCUCUUCUCCAAAGGCGAAAACUACAGCUUCAAAAACUGAAAAUCAGAAAAGUUUUCUAAAAUCUGUGCUCAGAGAUCAAAUCAAUGCUGAAAAGAAACUUUCAGCCAAGGAACUGGGUCUACUUAAACCUACAAGUGCUGGGUCAGGCUUGGGAGAAGGCAGCAGUAAAUUGAAACUCACUCAGAGCGGUGUUACCAGAGGUGGAAGUGGAAGAAUCUCAGCCCCGCAAGGCAAGGAUUCUAAACUGGAUUACAGGGAUAUAACAAAACAGUCUCAGGAAACAGAGACUAGAUCUUCCAUCAUGAAACGGGAUGACACCAACACUAAGACUUUGGUUGGGCAAAACACUAAGAAUUCUAAAAGCACCACUGGUAGAAGUUCCAAAUCUAAAGAGGAACCAUUAUUUCCAUUUAAUUUGGAUGAAUUUGUUACUGUGGAUGAGGUUAUAGAAGAAGUGAAUCCUUCUCAAGCUAAGCAGAAUCCACCAAAGGGAAAAAGGAAGGAAGCUCUCAAAAAUACCCCUUCCUCUGAACUGAAUUUAAAGAAGAAGGGGAAAAGUUCUGCUCCUCAUGUUGUUGAGGGUGAAUUAUCUUUUGUAACAUUGGAUGAGAUUGGGGAAGAGGAAGAUGCAGCUGCACACCUAGCACAAGCUCUUGUCACUGUGGAUGAAGUAAUUGACGAAGAAGAACUAAAUAUGGAAGAAAUGGUAAAAAAUUCAAAUUCACUUCUUACAUUAGAUGAGUUAAUUGAUCAAGAUGAUUGCAUUUCCCAUAGUGAACCUAAAGAUGUUACUGUCCUGUCAGUGGCUGAAGAACAAGACCUUCUCAAACAAGAACGCUUGGUAACUGUGGAUGAAAUUGGAGAAGUAGAAGAGUUACCUUUAAAUGAGUCAACAGACAUAACUUUUGCCACUUUGAAUACUAAAGGAGAUGAGGGAAAUACUGUAACGGAUUCCAUUGGGUUCAUUUCUUCUCAGAUGCCUGAAGACCCUUCUGCUUUAGUUACUGUAGAUGAAAUACAAGAUGAAAACAGUGAUCUGCAUUUAGUGACUUUGGAUGAAGUAACUGAAGAAGAUGAAGACUCUCUGGCAGAUUUUAACAACCUUAAAGAAGAACUUAAUUUUGUUACUGUCGAUGAAGUUGGAGAGGAAGAAGAUGGAGAAAAUGAUUUAAACGUUGAGUUAGCACAAAGCAAAAAUGAUCAUCCCACAGGUAAAAAGGGGGAUAGAAAAAAGAGAGCUGUGGACACAAAGAAGACAAAACUUGCCUUGUCCCAAGUGGGUCAAGUAAAUGAGAAUGUUAAGGAAGAAGAUCUGAAAGCCAUGAUUGAAAGACAUUUAGCUGCUAAAACGCCAACCAAGAGAGUUAGAAUGGGGAAGACACCACCAUCAGAAACAGCUGUUGAAACAGAACCAGCAAAAGGUGAAGAGGUCUUCGAAAUUAGUGAAGCUGAUGAAGAAUCUGGAUUAAGUGACUCAGAACCAGAGCAAAAACGCAUGAAGAUUGAGGACUCUUCUUUAAGCAAAUCGGUGGAAACUGAUGUCCCUGCAGAUUUAGACUUUCUUGUACCCAAGGCUGGAUUCUUCUGUCCAAUUUGUUCCCUCUUCUACUCAGGUGAAAAAGCAAUGAUAAAUCACUGCAAGAGUACACGUCAUAAGCAAAAUACAGAGAAGUUCAUGGCCAAGCAAAGAAGGGAAAAGGAGCAGAAUGAGGCUGAAGAAAGAAGCUCUAGGUGAUUGGGGGGAAAAGAAAAAAUUUCAUUAGAAAUUCAUUUAGGGUCCAGUUGAUUUGUGUAUUUUGUUACCACUUAAUUUGUAACUUUUGUUUCAGAAGCAAAUAUUCAUGUUGUACAAAUUUCUGAUUGCCCUUAAUGUAGAAAGACUGAUGGGGAAAGUAUGAUGGGUUUGAUUUUUAUAUCAAAUCAUCAGGCAUGGAUAAAUAUCUUUUAGAGUGUUAAAAUAAAUGUUCCUACUGUAUAUUUAAAAUACCGUCUUGUGUUUGUGGCUGAUUUAUUAAAGACUUAAUUGCCUAUGAUUGUAGACAAAGUUCUUCUCUACAACCCCUGUGGCUGGGCAUGUUUGGAAUUCUUCCAUGUGUUUCUGGAAUUCAUAGCAUGACAGUGUUUUACUGAGUUUCAGCCAUUCAUGUACAGGUCAAAGGUUUCUUAAACUUCCCAUUUUUCUGGGUAAAAUUAGAUUAUAUCAUGGUUGGCCCAGGUAGGUUUGAGUAGAACUUCGCUUGGUUUUUUAAUGUGUUGGGAAGAUUUUUUUUUUUUUUCUUGCUUUUGAAAACACCUGCUGUUUCUGCCAAGACUAACUUAAGUAGCACCUAACAAAUCAUUUAUUAUUAACUUGAAGCUACAAAGCAGCCUUUACUUCCCAUGGGCCCCAGGGUUUUCUUUUUAAGCUAUUUGAAUUAUUUAAUAUAUUUGUAAGAAGUUGUAAAGGUACAAAAAAUGAUUAAGUGGAUUGUUAGUAGGUACUAGACAUAGCCCUGUACUGUGAAAAUUUUUAGUUCUAGGCUAUGCUUCAAACUUUGAAUUUUUUUAGUAUCUGAUUCCUCAGUUCUUUCCAGAUUAGAGCAUACUAAUUAAUAAGAGAAAGGGGGUGAGUGCAGAGAAAUUAAAAAGAACUACUUUUUUAGAUCUCUUAACUUCCAUCACAGCGCAGGAGUUACCUCACAGUUGGCAAGAAGUGGAGUGAAGAGCAGAAGGCAGCAACUUUUUCUUGCUCUCCAACCUAACUGCAUACACAGUUCAAACUUAGCCAUAGCCGGAGCAAAAUUACAGAAU